GCCGCUCCUCUGAUUGGCCGGCCCCGCGGUCGCUCAGCAGUCAAGCUCGGUUGGCGCGGCUGAGCAGCGGAGCGUCGGCUCAGAGCGACCAUGGUGCUGAAGGCGGUGUGUGUGCUCCGCGGAGCCGGGGAGGUCAGCGGCACCGUCCACUUCUCUCAGGAGAGCGACGCGGCUCCGGUGACAGUGACGGGCCAAAUCCAGGGUCUGGAGCCCGGGAUGCACGGUUUCCACGUGCACGCGUUUGGAGACAACACCAACGGCUGCGUCAGUGCGGGACCUCACUUCAACCCUUUCAACAAAACCCACGGUGGCCCCCAGGAUGAAAACAGACACGUGGGCGACUUGGGGAACGUGAUUGCUGGCGGUGACAGAGUGGCCAAAAUCGAGAUCACCGACAAGCUUCUCACCCUCACCGGGCCCUUGUCCAUCAUCGGCAGAACCAUGGUGAUUCACGAGAAGGAGGACGACCUGGGGAAAGGAGGGAACGAGGAGAGCCUGAAGACUGGGAACGCCGGCUCCCGCCUGGCCUGCGGGGUCAUCGGCAUCACCCAGUAGAGCCGGCCCACGUGGCCGCCGCCUGCUGCUGUGUUGCCAGUGUUGUUUAGUUCAGCGGUCCAAAUCACAAUGUUCCCGAGGAAAGGCCAUGGAAAUAAAAAGUCCCGGCUUCUGGGCCCUUCUCAUUUCA